AUGCUGGUAAUCAUUCAAGAAGACAACGCUCCUCCGCUUCAAUGGCCUCUGGGCAGAAUCAUCAAUUGCUAUUCCGGUAAUGAUGGAAGAAUCAGAGUUGUAGAUGUCAAAACGAAAAACGGGAUUUGGAAGCGUCCAAUACAUCGGCUACCACCAUUAUUGUCGGAAGAUUGUUCAACCCCCAUGAUGCAACUUGAUAGAUGUGAUGCAGAAAAGCCUAAAAAACGAGCAAAACUCAACAUCAACUUGCUAGCCAUUGCAUUGCUGGUACUAUUAUGGAUACCACUGAUAUCAGGGUUAGGUAUCACGAUAAAAUCAUUUAAUAACACACCAGGCAUUCAUUUCGAACACAAAGGAGUCAUCAAAAGAUCACAAGCAGAAUGGAAAAUCAUAGCAUAUUAUAACUUAAGUCCAUUGCAGCAGGAGUUUGAAUUUAUUGAAAAUGGAACCGAAUCCUUAGCGAACGUGUGUAAGUUGAUGAAUGGAUAUAAUCACUGCUGGACGUUAGUUGAACAGUUCAAGGCAGCGAGAAAUGAAUUGUUAUAUGCAAACAUAAUGCAGAUUAACAAAAGAAAGAAGAGAGGCGCAAUCGAUUUAGUGGGUAACAUUGCGAAUGCAGUAUUCGGCGUUUUGGACUCAGAAUACGCUAAAAAUAUGGCGCAGACGAUUCAACAACUAAAAAAUGACGACAAACAUUUGCUUAACCUUCUAAAAAACCAAACUUCAAUUUUAGAUUCUACUCUAAAUAUCAUGAAACGAAAUCAGCAGCAGUAUCAAACAACCUUUGAAUUAACAGUCGAGCGAUUGAACGAUGUAAAGGCAAAAAUGUUAGAAGAGGACAAGGAAAUUUAUAAUUUAAAACUCCACCAACUUUUCACUGCGAUUUCAACUCAACUAUUAAGUGUAACAACAAGUAUUCAAUUUUACGAAUCAGCAUUUUUAGGAGUGUUGACCGACACAAAUCAUGGAAAAAUCAGUCCACUUCUCCUGACGCCAAAGCAACUCAUGAAUGAGGUUACUACAAUGAGGGAACAUCUCAGGUCAACAAUGCAGUUGCCGGUUAACAUGAGCAACAUUUCUGAGCUAUAUUCUCUUAUGACAGUCAGCAGUGGUUUAUUUGAUACUAAAAUGUUGUUUCAAAUAACUCUACCACUAAUCAAUGAUCAGUCCUUUGAUUUAUUCGUUGUUAUUCCCGUUCCAGGGAUCAUAAACGGAGAAUACGUGACAAUCACACCAUGUACGUCUAUGAUGGCAUUCAAUACUCAUAGGAAUGGAUACUUUCCGAUUUCAGAAAUACAGUUGGCACAAUGUGUGUCUUCAAAAAAUGAUGUCUUCAUCUGUUCAGAUACACAAGAAAUAUAUUCUCUUGAAUCAGGCAAGUGCGCUUGCGAAGUAAAUCUAUUUAAUAAUAGUACAUCAUCUUGCACUUGGCAAAGUUUCACAAGUAAUACCUUAUGGAUCCAGGCUGUUGCACAAAAUCAAUGGAUGUUCGUCGCAAGAAACCCUGUAAAGCUAAACGCAGUAUGUGCCAAUGAGCAUUCUCAGCAACAGCAGCAACUUAAUCAAAAGGAACAACAGCAACGCGUUAACCAACAGCAACGAGUGAACCAACAACAGCAACAGCAGCAACAACAAGAACCACUACCACCCAUAACCGUCGAAGAUCAACAGCAGUCAUGUGACUACACCGCUCCGGAUCCAAUCGCAAGAGAGCAUUCAUCCAAAGGUACAGCUAUCAAAGAAUUUCUAGAAGUGGAGCUGGAACAGUUUAACGAUAUAACAGGCAAGAGCAACGUGGCUUAUCACAUUAUAACCAUGAAGGAUGACCACCCAGUAAAACAGCGUUACUACCCAAGAAACCCAGCUAUGCAGGCGAUUAUAAACGAAGAAAUCGAUGAGCUUCUCCGAACGGGGUGCAUUGAACCCUCCAGUAGUCCAUACAGUGCACCAAUCGUAUUGGUUAAGAAGAAAACCGGUAAGUGGAGGUUAUGUGUCGACUAUAGACAGUUAAACGCAAAAUCUAUCCCGGACGCAUACCCAUUACCACGGAUUAGUCACAUUCUGGAUCAUCUUAGAGAAGCUAAAGUAAUAAGCAGCCUGGACCUCAAAAACGGAUACUGGCAAAUACCAAUGCAUCCGGAUAGCAAGAAGUUUACUGCUUUUACGGUACCAGGACGUGGCUUAUUCCAAUGGACGGUUAUGCCUUUCGGAUUACACUCUGCCCCAGCAACUUUCCAACGCGCCUUAGACUCGGUAAUUGGGCCUGAAAUGGAACCAUUCGCUUUCGCCUACCUGGAUGAUAUAAUUGUUGUGAGCCGUAGUAAGGAGGAACAUAUGACACAUCUACAAACGGUUUUAAAAAAAUUACGUCAAGCCCAACUGAAGAUAAAUCCGGAGAAAUGUGAAUUUUUUAAAACCACGAUGAAAUACCUAGGGCACGUGGUCAGUCAAGAAGGAAUACACACAGAUCCAGAUAAAAUUUCCGCAGUACAACAAUUGGAACCACCGAAGACUCUGAAGGAGCUGCGACGCUUUCUGGGAAUGACUUCUUGGUACCGACGCUUUGUAAAGGAUUUUUCAACAGUAGUACACCCUCUUACGUCGUUGUUACGAAAAGGAAAACAUUGGAGAUGGCAGGAAGAGCAACAGAAUGCAUUUGAGGAACUAAAGAAGAGGUUAACUGAGGCUCCUAUCCUGCAAUGCCCCGACUUCUCUAAACCUUUCUGUUUGCAGACUGACGCUAGUGACUAUGGACUCGGUGCCAUAUUGACGCAGCAGCAGGAGGGAAAAGAAGCAGUGAUAGCCUACGCAAGUCGACGGCUGAACAACGCAGAAAAAAACUAUUCGCCUACCGAAAAGGAAUGCUUAGCAAUUGUCUGGGGCAUUCGUAAAAUGCGACCGUAUCUGGAGGGGUACAAAUUCACUGUCAUCACUGAUCAUUUAUCUCUAAAGUGGUUAAAUUCUAUUGACAACCCUACGGGACGCAUAGCAAGAUGGGCGCUUGAGUUACAGCAGUUCAACUUCACGAUAGAAUAUCGCAGAGGUAAAUAUAAUGUGGUGGCUGAUGCGCUAUCAAGGCAACCAGAGGACAAGAUCUUAAUGGCACGAACAACGAUGACAACGACGAAACAGGAUUGGGUAAUCCAACGGAAAGAAGCGGUUAAGCAGAAUCCACAGAAAUAUCCGGAUUAUAUCAUCGAGAACCAGAACCUAUACCGACACAUUCCGAAUUACGCCCAAGACGAUGACAUAAAACCAUGGAAGCUCUGCAUUCCCUUACACUUGAGACAACCGGUCCUUCGUGAAAACCAUGAUGAACCGACGGCGGGUCAUUUCGGAAUUCGCAAAACAAGGCAACGAAUAGCUAACAACUACUACUGGCCUGGAAUGUUAAGAGAUGUUCGUAAAUAUGUUCUGAGUUGCGAUUCUUGUCAAAGGUUCAAAUCCAGUCAACAAGCCGCUGCCGGACAUAUGCUUACUCAGCUCGCUGAAGAACCUUGGGCCAUGGUGUGUGCAGAUUUUGUGGGACCAUUACCCAGGUCCAAACGAGGCAAUAAUACACUACUGGUUUUCAUUGAUAAAUUUACAAAGUGGGUGGAGCUUAUACCUUUGCGCAGCGCUACUACAACCUCCGUCCAAAAGGCAUUCCGAGAACGAAUAAUGGCUAGGUUUGGAAUACCGAAGAUAUUCAUUACGGAUAAUGGGACCCAAUUCACCAGUCAUGCAGCACGGAAAUUCUUCACACAGUUAGGAGUCAAACAGCAGUUUACCGCACCGUACACGCCACAGGAGAACCCAACCGAGAGAGCCAAUCGCACGAUUAAAACCCUAGUUAGCCAACUCACCGAAGGGGACCAACGUAACUGGGACGAGUACUUACCAGAAAUAACCCUAGCCAUUAAUUCAACGGUUUCAGAAACAACCGGAUUCACGCCAGCUUAUUUAAAUCACGGACGCGAACCAAGACUGCCCAACAAUAUGUACGAUAAAGUGACACCCGGAAAUGGAAACCUUAAACAAGACCUGAGCGAUAAAGCAACAAAGUUACAGGAUGUAAUAACUCUAGUCAAGCAAAAUACUCGUUGCGCAGCCGCGGAGCAAGCCAAACACUACAAUCUUCGACGCCGGAAUUGGAAACCAGCCGUGGGAGACAGCGUUCUAAUGAAGCAACAUAUCCUCUCUAAAGCAACUGACCAUGUGGCAGCUAAACUGUCACCUAAGUUUAGUGGACCUUACAACGUGAAAGCAUUCAAGUCUCCUGUGAUUGUAAUACUUACAACAACUACACCAAGACUCAUAAAUCCAAUAAACAAAAAAAAAAAAAUGCGAAGCCAACGAUUUGAACGAGCUAAUGUCAAGGACAAGGUAGGGGAUAGUACCGCAAUGUCGAACACUGAACCAGAGUUAGGCGCUAAAGAAAAAUGGGUCGAGCUUUGCCGUGAACUUUUUGGCAGCGAUUCUGAAGAGGAGUGGCCAUUACCGCUAGGAAGUGAACCGAUGGCAACAAACAGUAAACAAUCAGUCACACAAUCCGAAGUGGCGCCAAAACUACAAUCAAUUCCUAGGCAACAAGGAGUAAAGCCGCCCUCAAUCCGACCGAAGACCUGGAGGCCAAAAAAGUCAGCAAAACCGGUGCGCCCCACAACAAUACCCAUGCGGCCAAGCCUUGAAGCACUUCUCCAGCAACAGCAGCAGUGCCGUUUAGAACGGAAGCAAGAAUCGUUUAAACCAGUGGUCGAAGUAAUGAUGCCAAUGACGUUUAGUCCACCAGGAAAGCUAGCUACCUAUCCGUCAACAUCAUCAAUAGCCAAGUCCCCGGUAAAGCAGCAUUUUGAAGAACCAACAGAGGCUGAGGAGUCAUCAAUAAGAGCUUUAACACCAACAAAGCUGCACUCACAAGUGGUACUGACUGGCUGUCCACCAACACCACCCACAGCCAAGAAAAUCCUAGCGCAGGUGUAUAACGAUAAACCAACUCCAACUUUCGAACCGGCCGUGAAACAAUACCUGCAACCCGAAGAGAUACCGGCAGCUGUUAGCACUGAGAUACAACAGAGAGUAGUGAUUUUCAACAAAAGAGGCAAACAGAAUUUUCUAACUAAACACAAAGACCGGGUCUAUCAAAUUACCAUGAGGAAGUCAGGAAAAGUAGUGGUCGCGCUUUUACCUUCGGGGAAGUAG